UCAUUUUGGUCCCUGCUCACAAGUUUCACGCACAAAGAUGUGUUAAACGAGCUGGAACAUCUUUCUCACAUCCACACUCCUGUGGGAAGAUGUCGGCAACUGUUCCAGUCAUCAUUCCAGGAGAUCAGCAUGUAGCUCAAGGUGAAGCCUCCACAAGUUCCUUUGACUCCAGCACUGCGGAGGUGGCUGAACUUGCAGGCUGCAGCCUCGAGGAGAGCACUGAAUUAAAGCGCAGAGCUCAAGUGUUGCAAACAGAGCCUGCUGAGAGAAUGAUUAUGGAUAAUGCAGACAAUAGAGAAAGUUUUUCCAAUUCGCCUUCCACAGAGGAGAAUAUGGAUGGAAAAGCUGUAGGAAGUGAACAAUCUUCAGCUGUAGUAGACGUUCCAAUUAGAGAUGACAGUGAACGAGACACUUGCAGUCCAACUCCUUUAGGAGGCAGCAACAAACUGGGGAUGUCUAGUGGCUGGUCAUCAACAUUUGAAACUGAGGCUGUAGUGGAUGCUGUUGAUGGCAGUAGCUGCAAUGACCAGGCGGACACUGCCGACCCACUUCCCAGUUCUCAAGAGAGGCUCAGUCCCAGAAUCCCAACAAAGACACAAACACCCAGUUUUGGGACUCUGUUAAGGGAUUACAGUGUCCAGGGAAGAAAAAGAUUUGAGCCCCCUGUGUAUGUUGAUGGUGCAGUACCAACACAACCAAAGCAGGUGCAAAGUAGUCAGAUUCCAAAAACAAAGAGGAAACCUGAGAUGCAACUAUCUGAAACUAUCACAGCUUCUGGUUUUGAGGUUUUGCAGAAAAGUAGUUCGGUGCACUCAAACCAUGGCGACAAUCGUUCCUCAGAGUUGAUGACACUAGUGACAGAGAUUGCCACUGAGCAGGGGUUGGACAACCAAAAUUAUCAAUGCAAGGGAUGUGGAAGAAACAUAGGAAUGAUCUAUGGAGAAUUUAAAGUUUGUACCUAUGAUGCCAGCUACUAUUGUUUUGAAUGUCAUGAAAAUGAAGAACAUGUUAUACCUGCAAGGGUGAUUCACAACUGGGAUCUGCGUAAACACCAAGUCGCUAAAAAGUGCAAGAUGUUCCUGAUGCAGAUAGAGGAAGAACCUUUGUUUAAUAUUGAUGAAACAAAUCCUACGUUGUACAAUGUAAUCAAGGAGUUACUUGAAGUUAAGGUAUUGAGAUCACAGCUACAGCACUUAAAAGGCUUCCUUUUUACUUGUAAAGAUCCAAUAGCAGAGGAUGUGAGGAGAAGGAUUUGGCCUCGGGAAUAUCUUUGGGAUGAUAUCCAUCAGUAUUCCUUACUGGAUUUGAUUCAAGUGCAAUCUGGGCAGCUGGCUCAUCAUCUUAAAAAGGUCAUUGCCCACUGUACAAAGCAUGUGUACAAGUGUAAGCUCUGUUGCCAAAAAGGAUUUUUCUGUGAAAUAUGCAAUGACCCAAAAAUCAUCUAUCCAUUUGAAGUGAAAACCACAACUCAGUGUGGAAAAUGCAAGGCUCUGUACCACAAGGCUUGUAUUGCUGAGAACAAAUGUCCAAAGUGUAUACGGAUAAGAAAAAUACAAUCUGCAAGAACAAAAACUGCAGCUGUUCUGGAGUUUGAUUCACCAUGGUAGUGGCAAACAAGCAAGGCUUUCACUAACUUUUUCCAUAAGCAACAGGUGAUGGUGUAAUAGAAAGCUGUGCCUGGAGAAGGGGUGGUACAUGAAAACCCAAAUGCCAGGGCCUGCUUGCAGCCAAAUUUGAUGGCAGUAAGAGGUCUCAUAGGCAGUGGUAGACCAUUAAGCUGAGUUGUUCAAAGCUGGGUUACGAUAACUUAGGAUUAAUGCAAAAUUUGAUGUCAGGGAACAGUUUUUUCUAACACAGAUUAGUGCUGACCCAGGGUUAAAUUUUAGUACAGGUUUCUAUAUUUCUCUAUUCAAAAGCAUUUUUGGAUUAAUUUUCUCCAUCCAAUUUCAAAUUGUAGGAAAAAGGAUUGAUUUGGAUUUUUGUUUAAAGCUCUCAGAUCUGAAAUCAAAUUUCACACUUACCCUGAGUUCUCUUAAACCAGCUUUGAACAACCAAGCUCAGAUCUGAAAGCUUUCAAAUAAAAUCCAGCAUAAUUCUUUCUGUCUACAAUAUUGUGAUUGGAUGCUUGAAAGAGGAUACAGAAAAUUAUUCCAAGUAGGCUUUUUUAUAAAUAAAUCAAA